CAGUUCGAUCCGAAAAAAAAAUAAUCGCUGGAAAAUUUUCAUCAUCGGCGAUUGCCGCCUGUAAUCCGCAGUGAAAAUCCGUGAAAAUUGGAACGAAACCGUCUCCUGAAGCAAGCUGAUCACUGAUAUCGUCCUUCUUGGUUUAGGUUCUUGCUCAAGUGACCACCAGCCGCAGUGAAAUCCGUCACCACCGCCGCCGCCGCCGCAGCAAUGCCGACAAUGUUGGAACGGGAUGACAACGGGAACGAUUACGAAGUCGGUGAGUGGCUUCGCUUCGGGCUCCGGCUCGGAGUGACCACCGCGCUGCACCCGCUCGAGUACGCCAAAGUGCUGAUGCAGAUUGGCUUCGAGCCGAUUGCUCCCGUGCCGGGUCGGACGCUGUUCGGAAGGCCGACCAUGGUGCUGCCCAAUGUGUUCCAGUACGCGGCGUACAUCAAGCAUGUGGACGGAUUCUACGGGUGCUUCCGUGGACUGAGUGCCAAGAUCCUCGGCAAUCUGCUGAGCGCGCACUUUAGCGAGAAGUUCGCCGACGAAAUGGGAUUGGAGGUGGUCAAGGAGUCGGAUUCGAAGCGCAAAUCCAAGGAUGAGCGAGGAACCGGUGAUGCGGAGGAGGAUGACCGGCAGCUGGACGAGCAGUUCAAGAAGCAGCUGAAGCGCAAUCUGGUGGUGCAUGCGGCGGGUGUAGUGAUUUCCCAACCGUUUCACGUUAUCUCCGUUCGGAUGAUGGCGCAGUUUGUGGGCCGGGAGAAGAUCUACACCGGUGUGUGGGCGUCGAUUCGGGAGAUUUGGUCGCAAGAUGGUAUUUUCGGUUUCUUCAGUGGAUUCGUGCCAAGGCUGGUGUGCGAUCUGGGCUGUUUGGUCAUUGCCAGUUCGGCCACUUAUCUGGCCAGCAAGUACCUGAUCCGGGAGAAGGAGGGACGCAUCUAUUUCUCCAGCAUUUCGCAGUUUGUCUGCUCGAGCAUGUUCUACCCGUACCAUGUGGUGUCCACCUGUAUGAUCGUCAACGGAUCAAGAUUGAAGGCUGGUAAUCUUCCCAUAAUGGAACCGUACCACGAUUGGCGUGACUGCUAUGCCAAGCUGAAGGCGGCCGGACAGCAUAAGCGAGGAAGUUCGCUAUUCUUCAGAUAUGCCUCGCGACCGCGUGUCCCCAAGCCUUCGGCAUCCGGCGGUUCCUUUGUUCCAUAUCCGGAGCUUAAGUACACCCGCUAAAUGAUUUCCUGCACGCAGAAGAUGCUUUCCGACAAGAAAAAAAUACGCCAAAAAAUGAGACCCGCAACAGAAGUAACUUUAGCGACGAAAUCUCCGGGAGCCCAAUGCCAAAUCCGCUUUGUCGGGGACAGUAUUGUGCACGUUACGGCGGUCAAUUGUAAGUUUUUUUUUUGUUUUAAUUGUUGCUUUGAGUUGUAUUUGCACCAGUUGCUAUUUCUAGACACUAAGUAUUGACCAAAACCUAUCGAAGGGUGGGAGGAUUUUGGAAUGAAUCGAUUCUUCUAAUUUGAAUUGUAAUAUUAUGCAUUUGUUUUUUAAUCUUAGAAGCACGCGUGUUUCACGAUUUCAAACGGAGAAUAAAUUUCGUCGAUUCCGAACAUAAAAGUCAGAAACGUAUAACUGUAACUAGAUUUAUUAGAGCGUUUUAGAUGGUCAUCGUAGUACAAUGCGUUUUGCGCCCUUUUUUCGCUUUUGUUUCGAGAUAUACGCAGCAUUUAUUUUACCGAUAGUGUUUGCUGUUGCAGUUGGCGCCCAUGUAUAUAAAAUAAAUUCAUUUUGAAAAAUCA